AUGGGAAGAACCUUUGGAAAUAAGAAUUUGACUGAUAACGACAAAAGAACCAUCGUUGUGGGUCGUCAAAAUGGACUGACCAUGAUGACGUUGGCAGGAAUGUUCGGCGUGACAGAGGCGGGCAUUUCUCAGUUCCUAAAGCGUCAGAAAGCUCAAGAUGGCUCUACUAACAGCCAACGCACUGGAAGACCACGUGUCACUGAUCGUAAUGACGAUAGGAACAUUUUUGAAGACGUCUAGAACCAAUCCAAGACUCACCGCCCCUGCGAUCAGACAGGAAGUUUUUCUUGAAUUCGCCAUCUCCGCCAUCCGUCUCGACCGUGAAACGACGUCUGAAUGCUGCUGGAAUCAUGGGAAGACGUCCAGUGAAGAAACCGCUGAUUUCUGAAAAGAAUCGAGCCGCCAGGGUGAAGUGGGCGAAGGAGCAUCUCAACUGGACCCGUCAAGACUGGAACAAGAUUCUGUGGUCCGACGAAAGCAAGUUCCUCCUCUUCGGGAGUGACGGAAUUCAGUGGGUUCGUAGACCAAUUGGGUCCAGAUAUCAUCCGAAAUACCAAUUACUUACUGUAAAACAUGGUGGAAGACCGUUUCGUCGGACCACAGAAUCUUGUUCCAGUCUUGACGGGUCCAGUUGAGAUGCUCUUUCGCCCACGUCACCCUGGCGGCUCGAUUCUUUUCAGAAAUCAGCGGUUUUUUCACUGGACGUCUUCCCAUGACUCCAGCAACAUUCAGACGUCGUUUCACGGACCAGACGGAUGGCGGAGAUGGCGAAUUCAAGAAAACUUCCCGUCUGAUCGCAGGGGCGGUGAGUCUUGGAUUGGUUCUAGACGUCUUCAAAAUGUUUCUAUCGUCAUUACGAUCAGUGACACGUGGUCUUUCAGUGCGUUGGCUCAUAGUAAAGCCAUCUUGAGCUUUUCAACGCUUUAGGAACGGAGAAAUGCACGCCUCUGUCACGCCGAACAUUCCUGCCAACGUCAUCAUGGUCAGUCCAUUUUGACGACCCACAACGAUGGCUCUUUUGCUGUUAUCAGUCAAAUCCUUUUUUCCAGAGGUUCUUCCCAUGUCUGAAAACAUGAAAAAAAACAUAUGGCAACAUUAUUACUUUUUAAAAAAAUUUAAUAAAAAUAAAUAAAAAAAUAAAAGCAUAAAAAAACAAAAAAAUUGGAUUCAAAAAAAAUUCCUAAAACGCGUCACAGUGAUUGCGGACAUGUAUUUGUAUACCGUAUAUGUUUCAAAGUAUAUUUUUACAUUAUCCCUGAAAGUUAUAUAUAAAUCGGAUAAGUACUCGCUGAGAUAUCCUCAAAAAAACCAAAACUUAAUAGACUUUUUGAGCGGUACUGUACGUUGUUUAUGUACAUAUAUUUUUUAUCCAGUUUGGCAAAAGAAAUAAUAACAUAUAUUUUUGAUCAAAUGAAAGUGUUGAAGAAAAAUGUUUAAUGUAGCGGAGUGUAGGAAUAAGUUAGCGGUCCUCAAAAAGAGAAUUGAAAAAGUUGUGUAAGAGUCAGAACCAUGAGUCUCGAAAACAUGAAAUUGAAAUCGAUUGAGAAAGCUGAAUAUGAAUAUUGUGGACAUUGGGAAAUGGUGUUGGACGAAAACCGAAGAGACAGGCGGCGGGCAGCACUGCAAACAGUCGGCGGCGGUCGAUGCCUCCCCCCUCGGCAGCACUCCCUCAGGACAUCCUCCGGACUUCCGCAGAAGAAAAUAUUUCUUACGUUUUUUUUAA